UGGUUCACGUCUGCCGUAAUAUGAGUGGUUCGGAGGAGUUGCAACUUGUAAGGGUUUUCUUUCUUAAGGCCAUGAUUUCAUUUUGAAUAAUAUCUCGGUUCGAAGAGUCAAGGAGUCAGUCAAGUCUUCCUGGUGCCCUGGGUCAAUGGGGAAGUUGGCAAGGAAACUCACUCAUGCAAAGGCUUUAAGGCUUUAAGCCAGCCAAUCAGCAGUUUUUGUCAAGCUUUUCAGAGGUGGUUGCCCACAUCUUGCUCUUCUUUCUUCCUUGUUCCAAGUCUUCCGAUCUGAUUCCUAAGUCAACUAGCGUGUUAAACAGAGCACUCUUACUCAAUAUAUUGUGAAGAAAGAAUGGAAGUUAGUAAGUAAUAUAUUCAACAGUCUGUUCUGAAUUAGAGAAAUAGGUGUUUUUCUUUUAGUGAUAGUUUGUUCUAGGAUCAACCGGAAGUUCUUGGAUGGCUACCGUGGCUGUGUUUGUUUUCUCUGUCUUCACUCAUCUUUUGCUUCUUUACUCCGCUGAGAGUUGUCCACCCUCCUUCUGUAAUAAGAGAGUAGGUAGUAUCUUCUUCCCCUUUAAAAACAUAAGAGAGAGUCCUGAAUGCGGAUUGUACACUAUCAACUGUUCUGACUUCCUUAAUCCGAAGAUCCAACUCAAAGAUGGAGGAUACUGGUUUCAAUUUGAAAGCAUUACUCAAUCAAGUUCUGUUUUUAUCAAUGACAGCAAGCUUCAGGAGCGCAUAAGUUCCGUUUUAAUCAAUGACAGCAAGCUUCAGGAGCGCAUAGAGCGCUUAAAAGAAGAUACCUGUGAUGAUGAUGUUUUCAGUGAUUUAAGUCUUCCCAACUCUCCUCCUAUCGUCCAUGUACACGCACACAACCUUACCCUGUUCAGAUGCAACAACACCCAGGCGAAAACUCCUUACAAGGAUCGAACCUAUUUCUGCAGGAGUGUAAAUCAUAUUUACUAUACCAUAUCAAAUGAUAGUUUAAAUUGCUCAGCCAUUCAGAUUCCCAUAUCUCCACAUCCCCGUCCCGUUGUCUUUUCUUCUGCAUUGACUGCUAAAUUCUCCCUUCAUGUACAUUUUAACGAAGAAUGUGAUCAGUGCUAUACUACCGGACGUAAUUGCUUGGAUGACAAUGGAGAAUGGAAGUGUGCCCCCCCACAAGAAGAUAAAUGUUGGAAUCAGAAAGGGAAAGGCAAAUGUGCCAAAGCAGGAAAUCGUAAGGGUUUGAAGCUAGGACUUGGAAUUGGACUUGGAGGUGCAGCACUCCUAGGAGUCCUUGCAGCAUGCUUGUUUCUUUUCAGGCGUCACAAAAAAAAGCUCGCUUCUUCAAACGUACUUUCCAGGAACAUUUCUUCUCAGCCCUACUCAAAAUCAGACCUAGAAGGGGGCAAUGCCUACUUUGGUGUUUCGGUCUUCACUUACGAGGAACUUGAAGAAUCCACUAAUCAUUUUGACGGUGAAAAAGAGCUUGGAGAUGGAGGUUUUGGAACUGUCUACUAUGGCAAACUCAAAGAUGGCCGAGAAGUUGCAGUCAAGCGUUUAUAUGAGCACAAUUAUAAACGUGUGGAACAGUUUAUGAAUGAAAUUGAAAUUCUCACCCGUCUGCGCCACAAAAACCUAGUCUCCCUCUAUGGUUGCACCUCACGCCGCAGUCGUGAACUAAUCCUUGUCUAUGAAUACAUUCCCAAUGGCACUGUUGCUGAUCAUCUGCAUGGUGACUUAGCAGAACGUGGUUUACUCACAUGGCCUAUUCGUAUGAGCAUUGCCAUAGAAACUGCCAAUGCACUGUCUUACCUCCAUGUUUCUGAUAUUGUGCAUCGUGAUGUGAAGACUACCAACAUUCUUCUUGAUAACAACUUCUGUGUUAAAGUUGCGGAUUUUGGGCUCUCACGGCUUUUUCCCCUUGAUGUCACUCAUGUCUCUACUGCUCCACAAGGGACCCCUGGUUAUGUUGACCCAGAGUAUCACCAAUGUUACCAGCUAACUAGUAAGAGUGAUGUUUAUAGUUUUGGGGUUGUCCUAAUUGAGCUGAUAUCAUCUCUGCCAGCAGUUGAUAUAACUAGGCAUAGGCAAGAGAUCAAUUUGUCUAACAUAGCCAUAAACAAGAUUCAAAGAGGUUUAUACAGUGAGCUGGUAGAUUCAUGUCUUGGGUUUGAGUCGGAUCAUGAAGUUAAAAGGAUGACAAUUGCAGUGGCAGAGUUGGCUUUCCAAUGUUUGCAGCAGGACAAUGAUGCAAGACCUACCAUGUCUGAGGUUUUGGAAACUUUGCAGAUGAUUGAAAGUGGAAAAGAUGUUCCAGAGAAUUUGAAGGAGGACUUUGGUGAUGUUGAGAUGAGAAAGAGUAUACAGCCACCACCUUCACCAGAAUGUGAUGAACUUCAGUUGUUGAAGAACAUGAGGCCACCAUUUUCACCGAUUUCCGUGACCCAAAACUGGCCUAGCACUAGGUCCGAUACACCUAAUGCCAGUUGCUGAUUUCUUUUGAACUCCCAUAUAAAUGAUAUGAAUGUAUAUCUCAGAUUCAAUUAGAUGGGUUAUAUAUGAUUUCUACUCAUCUACUUGGUUUUUGACUAAUAGGUAAACAUAUCCAAUUAGGCACAUCACUGCUAGGUAAAGGCAUGAGGGAAUGUAUAUAUUAAAUGGAGUUAUUGUCAUUAUGUUCA